AUGGACAAAGACCUUAACGAAGACAAUGAGUUAUCAUUUUUGGUUGUUGAUGAAAAUGAUGAUGGUGACAUCCUACUACCCCAACAUUUACGUUGUGCAUCACAUACACUUAGUCUAUUAGCGACAACAGAUUUCCAGAACAUAUUAAAGAAUUCAAAUGCCAAAAAGUACCAUCAUCCAGCAUUAUCAAAAUGUUCGACCUUAUGUAAUUUGUCACGAAAACCGAAAUCAUCAGAAGUUAUUAGUAAUAUAAUUAAUUGUUCUUUAAUAUAUCCUGUUAUUACAAGAUGGAAUUCAUUAUAUGAUUCCAUAUCACAAUUAAUUAAACAUAAAGCAAAAUUAAACACAUUGACUAGAGAUUUAGGUUUAAAGUAUCAAUUUAACGAAACUGACAUAAGUUAUUUGACUGAAUUUGUUUUAUUAAUGAAACCUAUCGCUUGUGCUCUGGAUCAUCUACAAAGCGAAUCAAAUUUUUACUAUGGCCAUUUAAUUCCUACUUUAUUUUCAUUGAAAAGUCGAUUACUAAUAUUAAAGGAACAACAUUUGCGUUAUACUUUCACUUUUAUCGAUCCAUUAAUAACCUCGCUAUUAAAACGAUUCAAACUAUAUUUUGAUCUCUCCCCUGAAGUUGAUAAAGCUAUAUUGGCAUCUUGUUUUCAUCCUACAUUUAAAUUAAGAUGGAUUCCUGAACACGAUGAAAUUAUGAAAAAUAGAGUUAAAAAUCUUUGUAUCAACAUUGCUGAAAAAUAUAUAGAGAAUUCUUCUCACACUGAGUUAUCAGUAGAUAAUGUAGACGAUGAAGACUUUUUGAUAUUUUCUUCUCAGGAAAAAUGUUUUGAUUCUAGGGCUAAUUUAGAAGUAGUUCAGUUUUUUAAUAAUAAAAAUAAGGCAUUAACAUGUUUAGACAGUUACUCUACUAUAAAAAAAUUAUUCAUCAGAUACAAUACAAGUUUACCAUCAUCAGCUCCAUUUGAAAGAUUGUUUUUAUUUGCUGGAUUUAUUCAUGCUCCAAAUAGAAGUAAUUUAUCGAACACUAAUUUCGAAAAACUUGUGUUUCUUAAAUUAAAUGAUAUUUAUAGGUAA